UUCGAUCGGUAAAGGUUAGUUAUAGAACGUUCCAUCACUAAUUUACACAAGGAAGAGUUGGUGUCCGAUGCGUCCUUGGUAGCUAUAACUCGCUUAUCGGAAAAGAGUAGUUCACCUAAUUUCGAGGAUCGGGUCAAAGACAGAAAAAACCCGUACUUAAGGUUUCAUAUUUUAUCCCCCCAAACAUCGCGGGCACGAUAACUAUCCAGACAUAAAUCUGAUCGAGAGAUAAACAAUUUUCAAUAAACCAGUCUCUAUGGGAUCGACCCUACUCCCUAUACUGUUUUAAUUUGCAAAUUAGGUGUAGGUUUAUAUUGGUGGAAUCGACAGCCGUCAGUUUUGGCGCCGUUGACGGGGACUGGCAACACUUACAAUUGUUUAAAUCGUCUUCAUGACCAGAUCUUCAUCAGUAGAUCUCGAAUACGACCCAGAGAUCGAGAAAUCGGUGUGAGCACUACGAAAAGAGACAGAAGCUCUUAAACGUACAAGUAAAGCAGGAGUUGAGCUAGGACAAGGGAUACUAGAAUCCGACGUUGAAAAGUUGAGCGAAGUAAUUCGUGCAGAGGCAAUUCGACGUGGGAAACGAGUCGAAGAGGUUGAACCUGAGACCGAACCACUCUUUGAAACAAAAGGCAACUCGGUGAAUCAGAAAGGAUGGCAAAUCGAACCAUUCGUCAACUAGCCGCUGCUCCCAACGAGCAAACAUCGUUAUGCAUCAACUAUCCAACCGGAGGAACCCCUUUCGAAUUGAAGUCGGGCUUGAUUCACCUUUUGCCCACUUUUCGAGGCUUGAAGAACGAAAAUCCACACACUCACUUGAGAGAAUUCCACAUGGUCUGCUCAAACAUAAAACCCCAGGGAGUACCUGAAGAUGAAAUCAAACUUCGGGCCUUUUUUUUUUCUUUAGUUGAUACAGCAAAAGAAUUGUUAUUUUACUUACCCCCCGAUUUUAUCAUAACGUGGGAUGACUUAUCUCGUGUAUUUCUUGACAGAUUCUUCCCAGCGUCACGAGCAGCUAAGCUUAGGAGGGACAUAGUGGGAAUUCACCAAAUAGAAAGUAAAUUGCUCUACGACUAUUGGGAAUGAUACAAAAAACUGUGUGCAAGUUGUCCUCAACAUAGGUUGACCGAACAAUCACUUCUUCAAUAUUUCUACGAGGGUUUGCUCCCUAUGGAAAUGAAGAUGAUUGACGCUGCUAGUGGAGGGGCGCUUGUCAAUAUGACCCCUCAAAGGGCAAGAGAACUAAUAUCCACCAUGACGGUAAAUUCUCAACAGUAUCGGCCGAAUUUGGAACCGACAAGACUGGUUAAUGGGAUAAACGUUUCAUCUUUAGAAGAUUAAUUGGAUAAGCUUACGAAUGUUAUUCAAUCUUUGCUUACAGAAAAGAAGAGUCUGACCCAACUAUGUGGAAUUUGUACUACGUCUGAACACACGACAGAUUUGUGUCCAAUCCUUAACGACAAUUCAACGGCACAUGUUGAUGCUGUCGGAGAUUUUCUGGGACCUCCGCAAAGAUGCUAUGAUCUUUUUUCCAACACCUACAAUCUCGGAUGGAAGGAUCAUCCCAACCUGAAUUACAGAGUUAAUCCCGAUAUAAUCCAUCAUACUAACCGAGGCCUCUACAACCACUAUAACAACACAAACCGAGCACAUCUCUAGAAGUUGUUGUGGAAAGACUUGCUGCUGAUGCUGCAAAAUAUCAAUAGAGGACAGACACAUCAAUACAAGAGUUAACUAAUCAAGUUAGUAAACUCUCGAUGGUAGUUAAUCACUUGGAGUCUCAAGGAAAAUUACCUUCCCAGACAGAGCCGAACCCUCGGCAGAAUGCCAGUGCAAUAACUCUUCGUAGCAGAAAGGUUCUAGAAACAGUUCCAGCCAAAAGUCAUGGGCAAGACAAGGAACGGGAAAAGCAGAUCUCUGAUCCAACAGCCAGGCCAGAAUCAGAAAUUCAGAGACCAGUUGUGAUGCCACCUCCCUUUCCAAUGAGGCUUGUAAAGAAUAAGAAAGAGAAAGAGGAAAAAGAAAUCCUCGAGACAUUCAGGAAGGUGGAGGUAAAUAUUCAUUUACUCGACGCUAUCAAACAAAUCCCUCGUUAUGCAAAAUUCCUUAAGGAGUUGUGUACUAGCAAAAGGAGGUUAAUAGGUAACGAAAGAGUAAAUGUAAGAGAAAAUGUCUCCGCAGUACUGCAAAAGAAAGUUCCGCCCAAAAAUAAGAACCAAUGUAUGUUUGCUAUUUCCUGUGAGAUAGGUAAUGUAGGCAUUAAGAAAGCCAUGUGUAAUUUAGGGGCUUCCAUUAAUGUUAUGCCUUAUUCUAUUUAUAAGCUGACUAACGCCGGUACUUUAAAAGAGACAAGAGUAAUAAUCCAGUUGGCGGACAGGUCAGUCGUCUAUCCCGAAGUGCUACUUGAAGACGUCCUUAUUAAAGCCGUUCCUAAGUACCGCAAGCGCAAAAACAGAUGUUCGAAGCGGGACGCUGACCAUGGAGUUUGAUGGCGAAAUCGUGAAAUUCAAUGUCUACGAGACCAUGGGUCAUCCUAACUCACUAUUAAAUAUUUCUAGCAUCGAUAUUUUAGAUUGUUUAACUCAAUCUUAUUCUGAAUAUCAUGACUUUGAUGA